GCCUGAGCUGAAUUCUCCAUUUAUGGACAGAUUGCCCAGCCCGAGCCGAGGCUCUGCCGGAGGAGUACAGAGUUAGUGGCCGAAGAAAGAGGAGCGAGGCUGGGCAGCCAGGCAGACGCGCGGAGAGCAUCGGGCUCACCUAGGCGGGGGCGGGGUGGGGGGCGAGCGCCUGGUCCGAGUGGACCCCUGCCCUCUGCAGCAUGCGCCCCGCCUGCUGAGUCUCCUCCUUCUCGCCCUCACCUAGCGCCGCCGAUCCCGCCUGGAUGGAGUCCCUCCAGGGUUCCCAUUGGCUCCUGUGAGUGCUUGGGUGUCGAGAGCCCGUUUUUGGCGAAGGGGACCAACUUUUGAAGUUCUCCCAGGAGCCUGCGUUCCAGCCCCAGCUCCCCGGCAGCCGGCGCCGGCAGAGGCGCGACCGCGGCGCGAGUCACCAUGGGAAGCAAAGGUGCCUACCGGUACCACUGGCAGAGCCACAAUGUUAAGCACAGUGGUGUGGAUGACAUGGUCCUGCUCUCCAAGAUCACAGAGAAUGCCAUCGUGGAGAAUCUAAAGAAGAGAUACAUGGAUGACUACAUUUUUACAUAUAUAGGAUCCGUAUUAAUCUCAGUCAACCCUUUCAAGCAGAUGCCAUAUUUUGGGGAAAAGGAAAUUGAAAUGUACCAAGGAGCGGCUCAGUAUGAAAACCCACCACAUAUCUAUGCUCUCGCAGAUAAUAUGUACAGAAACAUGAUCAUUGACAGAGAGAACCAGUGUGUCAUCAUCAGUGGUGAAAGUGGUGCUGGGAAGACAGUGGCUGCCAAAUACAUCAUGAGUUACAUCUCCAGGGUAUCUGGAGGAGGUCCCAAAGUCCAGCACGUCAAGGACAUUAUCCUGCAGUCCAACCCGCUGCUGGAGGCCUUUGGGAACGCCAAGACCGUCCGGAACAACAACUCCAGCCGAUUUGGAAAAUACUUUGAAAUCCAGUUCAGUCCAGGUGGGGAACCAGAUGGUGGGAAGAUCUCCAACUUCCUUCUGGAAAAAUCCAGGGUGGUGAUGAGGAACCCCGGAGAGAGGAGUUUUCACAUAUUUUACCAGCUCAUCGAGGGCGCCUCUGAAGAUCAGAAACACAGCCUCGGCAUCACCAGCAUGGACUACUACUGCUACCUGAACCUCUCUGGGUCCUACCAGGUGGAUGACAUUGACGACAAGCGGGAAUUUCAGGAAACGCUGCACGCGAUGAACGUGAUCGGGAUCUUCGCCGAGGAGCAGACGCUGGUCCUACAGAUAGUGGCAGGGGUCCUCCACCUGGGGAACAUCAGCUUCAAGGAAGUUGGCAAUUAUGCGGCUGUGGAGAGUGAGGAGUUUUUGGCUUUUCCUGCAUAUCUCUUGGGGAUAAACCAGGACCGGUUGAAAGAGAAGCUCACAAGCCGGCAGAUGGAUAGUAAGUGGGGAGGCAAGUCGGAGUCCAUCCACGUGACCCUCAACGUGGAGCAGGCCUGUUACACCAGGGAUGCACUUGCGAAGGCCCUGCACGCCCGGGUCUUUGAUUUCUUGGUAGAUUCCAUCAACAAAGCAAUGGAGAAGGACCAUGAAGAAUACAACAUUGGUGUCCUGGACAUCUAUGGCUUUGAAAUAUUCCAGAAAAAUGGCUUUGAGCAGUUUUGUAUCAAUUUUGUUAAUGAAAAAUUACAGCAGAUUUUUAUUGAACUGACAUUAAAGGCAGAACAGGAAGAGUAUGUUCAGGAGGGAAUAAGAUGGACACCCAUUGAGUACUUUAAUAACAAAAUCGUGUGUGACCUCAUAGAGAACAAAGUUAACCCUCCUGGGAUCAUGAGCAUCCUGGACGACGUGUGUGCCACGAUGCACGCGGUGGGGGAGGGGGCGGACCAGACCCUGCUGCAGAAACUUCAGAUGCAGAUUGGGAAUCACGAGCACUUCAACAGCUGGAACCAAGGCUUCAUUAUUCACCAUUAUGCUGGGAAGGUAUCUUAUGACAUGGAUGGCUUUUGUGAAAGGAACCGUGACGUGCUGUUUAUGGAUCUGAUCGAGCUUAUGCAGAGCAGUGAGCUACCUUUUAUAAAGUCUUUAUUUCCGGAAAAUCUGCAAGCUGACAAGAAAGGGCGCCCAACUACUGCCGGAAGCAAAAUAAAGAAACAAGCCAAUGACCUCGUGAGCACCCUGAUGAAGUGCACACCUCACUACAUCCGCUGCAUAAAACCGAACGAAACCAAGAAGCCCAGAGACUGGGAGGAAAGCAGCCCACGUAACAUCUGCAUCGAAGGCCCCGUUUACCUCCGCGAGGGGCGAUCAGAAGCUAGUGUCCAGGAUCUGCCACUCGGCUUCCGGGACACCGUGCUUCUCAGGAACGGGCGAGUUCUCACAGUUGACAGAGUGAAGCAUCAAGUAGAAUACCUGGGUCUGAAGGAAAACAUCCGAGUAAGAAGAGCUGGUUAUGCCUAUCGGCGCAUCUUCCAAAAAUUCCUACAGAGGUAUGCCAUUCUGACCAAAGCCACCUGGCCCUCGUGGAGAGGGGACGAAAAACAAGGUGUCCUCCACUUGUUGCAGUCCGUCAACAUGGACAGUGACCAGUUCCAGCUCGGGAGGAGCAAAGUGUUCAUCAAAGCCCCCGAGUCUCUAUUUCUUCUAGAAGAAAUGAGAGAGAGAAAGUAUGAUGGAUAUGCUCGAGUGAUACAGAAAUCAUGGAGGAAAUUUGUGGCCCGGAAGAAAUACGUCCAAAUGAGAGAAGAAGCCUCAGACCUCCUGUUGAACAAGAAGGAGAGAAGGAGAAACAGUAUUAACAGGAACUUCAUCGGGGAUUACAUCGGGAUGGACGAACACCCGGAACUCCAGCAGUUUGUGGGCAAGAGGGAGAAGAUCGACUUUGCAGACACAGUGACCAAGUAUGACAGAAGGUUCAAGGGUGUAAAGCGAGACUUGCUUCUUACUCCAAAGUGCUUAUACUUAAUCGGACGAGAGAAAGUGAAACAGGGCCCGGACAAAGGCCUGGUGAAGGAAGUGCUGAAGCGGAGAAUUGAGAUGGAGAGAAUCUUGUCCGUGUCCCUCAGUACCAUGCAGGAUGACAUUUUCAUUCUUCAUGAGCAAGAGUAUGACAGUCUGCUUGAGUCUGUCUUCAAAACUGAAUUCUUAAGCCUCUUAGCAAAGCGUUAUGAGGAAAAAACCCAGAAGCAACUACCUCUGAAAUUUAGCAAUACGCUUGAACUCAAGUUGAAAAAGGAAAACUGGGGUCCCUGGAGUGCAGGGGGCUCCCGGCAAGUGCAGUUCCACCAAGGCUUCGGUGACCUGGCCAUCCUCAAGCCCAGUAACAAAGUGCUGCAGGUCAGCAUCGGACCAGGCCUGCCCAAGAAUUCCCGUCCUACCAGAAGGAACACAAUUCAAAACAAAGGUUAUUCCGGUGGGACGCACAAUGCCAACUACCCCAUGAGAGCCGCCCCUCCCCCUCCAGGUUACCAUCAGAACGGAGUCAUCAAAAACCAAUUUGUGCCACAUCCCCACGCUCCUGGAAACCAGAGGUUAAAUCAGAAAAGUCUGUACACCUCCAUGGCCCGUCCACCCUUGCCACGGCAGCAGUCCACCGGCUCAGACCGAGUGUCACAGACGCCGGAGAGCUUGGAUUUCCUUAAGGUCCCAGAUCAGGGUGCUGCCGGUGUCCGGAGACAAACGACCAGUCGGCCUCCCCCAGCAGGGGGCAGACCCAAGCCCCAGCCCAAGCCUAAGCCUCAGGUGCCACAGUGCAAGGCUCUGUAUGCCUACGAUGCUCAGGACACAGAUGAACUCAGCUUCAAUGCCAAUGACAUUAUCGAUAUCAUCAAAGAAGAUCCUUCUGGCUGGUGGACGGGUCGACUACGAGGCAAGCAGGGCCUGUUCCCCAACAACUAUGUGACCAAGAUCUGAGGCGCACAGAGACUCUAAUGCACAGGCAAAGGAGCUCCAGACAGGGAAGGGGACAUUUGGGGGCUCUCCUUAUGAUCCAUAGCGAGCAAUUGCUUCCUUCUCCAAGGCCUGGAGUUUUUCUGGCACCUUCCCCAUGGAGGACAUUGAAAAGCUGGGUUGGGGACAGGGAGUGUCACUGCAUAAAUGAUCCUAAAAGGUAUCCUCUUCAUAGGAGCCCAGGAGGGCAAAACCACCACCAUGAUUUAUUUAUUGUAUUUAAACCUGGUGAGAGGACAGGCGAGGUCCACUUGGACCUUGUAUUUAAACCUGGUGAGAGGACAGGCGAGGUCCACUUGGACCUUGUUGGCUCUAUCAAAACAGCACCCCGCUCGCUCACCAGGCCCAGGGAAUGGCUGUAGGCGGCCGCUGACAAGUGCCUUUAGUCAAAGAGCACAUUUAUUUCCUCCCUCUUUUCCUUACCUGACACACACAUUCCUCUCUGCCACUUUCCUUCAGGGAGGACCUGCCCUCUUUGCAGGCCGGGCUUGACAUGAGCGGGCACUUCCCAUGCGAAGGCCAAGGGCCAGCGUGGCCUACUGAGCCCGCAGGUGCAGAGGGCAGCUGGUUUACACUUUGCCAGGACCCAUCACGCUGCCAGGCUAAGCAGGGGCUGGGCUGUUGGCCUUGCUUUCUCUGGGUCUUCAGUUGGAAUGUGGCUGGCCCAUGUUGGUUUUGUGUUUAAUGCUGUACCUAUUAUAAGAAGGAUCUCUUUUUUUCAAGCUGUACAUUUAUAAAAACAGAUCAUAUACUGUAUAUAUAAAAAUCUUAAGAUGGUAGCAACAUGUAUGAAUGUACUAAGUAGUAUUCCACUGUACUUAUUCAUAAGGUAGGUUUUAUUACAAAACUCCCACCAGGUACUUACAAAUGUGCACUACUCCUUUUCAACUAUAGAAUCAGUGUUACUGCUUUCUAGCCCAGCCCCUGCAAACCCUUCCCAAUCCUUUCCCCGUAGGUAAUUUUCCUCUGCCCCCUGUGCCCCUCCCCUUAACUCCUAAAUAAAUAAAGGAAUCAUGAACUA